AUGGAGCGGCUGGAGCGCAGCGGGCGCUGGCUGAGGGCCGCGCUGGCCCGCGGGCGGAUGCGCCGCCGCCUGCCCGUGCUGCUGCUCGCCAUCGCCGUGCUCGGCUCCGCGCUCAAGGACAGCGACCUGGUGCCCGACACGCCGCUGCAGAACAAGCGCAACCCGCUCAACGUAUACUUCGUGAAGGUGGCCUGGGCUUGGACGCUGUGGCUGCUGCUGCCCUUCAUCACCCUCACCACGUACGAGCUGGCCCGGAGCAAGUUCCUGUACGGCCGCACCAAGAGCGCGCUGCUGGUGCUGCGGCGCCUGGGCGCGCUGCUGGUGGGCACAGCCGUGUGGUACCUGUGCACGGGGCUCUUCCUCUACGUGGAGAACCUCACUGGGGAGUGCUCCCUCCAGGCCAAACCCGGCCAGCCCCCCCGGCUCUACGCCUCCAAGCAGGAGUGCCGCCAGGACAGCGGCGUCUGGAACGGCUUCGACAUCUCGGGGCACUGCUUCCUGCUCUCCUACUGUGCCAUGAUGAUCCUGGAGGAGGUGGCUGUGCUGGAAGCACUGUCCGUAGACCACAAGUCCAAGCUGCGUGUGGUGAUCAACGUCCUGCUCGUUUCCCUGUGUUUCCUCGUUGUGAUCUGGGUGUUCAUGUUCCUCUGUACUGCCCUGUAUUUCCAUGACUUCAGCCAAAAGCUUCUCGGUGUGCUGAUAGGUCUGUCAGCUUGGUACGGGACAUACAGGUUUUGGUAUUUAAAGCCCUUUUCUCCUGGACUACCUCUUCCAAAUAUACCUUUGAGUUCAAAGAAAUACAGCUAUAGCAGAUAAAAUAAGGUUUGGAAUGUUUUAGAUUUUGCUUUCAGUACUGGAGUAGUUGAAUGUAGGAACGGUUACUGUAUUUCCACUGUAAGGAACAAGGUGAUGGGUUGGAGGAAACCAGACUUGUACUAGCCAUUGGCUGACAGGUGGUAAUGAGCUUCUUCCCUGGUAGAAGAAAAAAAAUUGGUGUUGGAAGAGGUUUGCUCUUGUUUAGGAGCUGACAACUGGGACUGCCAGCAAGGAAAUCAGAAUCUGUUUCUCUUACUAAUGAAUGGAGAAGCAGACCUAAGGCUAAAAGAAGCCUUUGAUCUUUAGGAGUGUGAUUUAUCUCAGUUAAUUCUUUCUCUUCUUUUUUGAAUUAUGUCAAGAUAUUGUGGAUGAUCCAAACCUCAUGCUUUUUUUAAUGUUCCUAUUUGUAUUGCCUUAUGGGCAAGCUCUAAUAAUCACAGUGCUGCAAAGCAUUGCAAAAAUAUCAAUUCUUGUGAAAGCAGUUCUCUUGUGAAACUGGAACAUCUCAUGUUCUCAAAUGUUAAAAACACUAACUUGCCAGACAUGCUUCUGCAUAGCUGCCUGCACCUUCUGCAAUAGAGAGUAAAUCUGAAAUGCAAUGUCUUAAGCAGACUGUGACUCUAAAUUCAUGCCUGCCUCCAAAAAGGAAACUCUUGAAAAAACAAGCCUUAACUUUCUCCUUAGGUGAAGUAGAUGUAAUAAUAUUUUGUCAUUUUAUUCUUAACACUAAAAAACCCAAACUCUUUUCUGUUUUGCUACGAAGUCUAGUGUGAGGAGUGGGGUUUUAAUUUUUAAAAA